UUGAAUAACACGUUUUUUUCUUACGCCGCAAAGGUUGAAGGUUACAGCUAUGGACGCGUCCUGAACGUAAACAGUCUUGUUUGCUUGUGGAAGGGCAGAUAUGAGGCUGCUGUCGCAGGUGGUGCAGCUCGCGGUGAGUCACCGGGAGCGGAGCCGCAGACACUUCUGGGGGUGGCUCAAUGCCGUUUUCAACAAGGUGGACUAUGAGAGGAUCAAAGCUGUGGGUCCAGACCGAGCUGCAGCAGAGUGGCUGCUGAGGUGUGGUGCCAAAGUGCGUUUCCAAGGUUUUGAUCGCUGGCAUCACGACUACAACGCACUGCCAACAGGGUCUCUGGGCAGAUACAAGAUCCAGGCGAUUGACGCCACUGAAUCCUGCAUCAUGUACAAAGGGUUUGACUACCUGGAUGGUUUAAAACAUGUGGAAGAAAUCAAGUUCAGUAAGUGUAUCUACAUUGAAGACACCUGCCUGGAGAGGCUGAGCUCCGUAGAAAACCUGCAGGAGAGCAUGUACAUGAUGGAGGUGGUGUCGUGCGGAAAUGUGACAGAUAAGGGCAUUAUCGCCUUACACAAACUCAGGAACCUGGAAUAUCUGUUCCUCAGUGAUCUUCCCGGAAUCAAAGACAAGCAAACAACAGUUGACAGGCUGCAAACGGCGCUUCCACGCCUGGAGAUAGAGCUGGACCUGGACUGAUUAAGAAACAACUUUGUACUUGGGAUAUAAAAUUUGGACACCUCCUUAAACAUUUUCAAAGUAAAACACACUGCUUUGAUGGACUGAACUUGCAGAGGUUUGCAAGCUCAAGUGCAUUUGUGUGCUAAUCUUACUCCACACAACAUGCAUUAUGCUUAGGUUUUUGGGGGUUUGUCAUGAGAAGGUGUGGAGCAGUCAUUCAAACAGUGCGGCAAAGAGUCCAAUUAAAUCACUCAUGACACUAGUUCACGUUGAUAUUUAUUCAAGGUAACUCCAUAUGUGUGUACAUAGAGAAAGCAGUUCAUUAGGUUGAUGACUUUGAGAGAAAUUUACAUCUUUUUUAGAUUAUUUUGGCAUUUAUCAUAAAAUAUUUGAGGACAAACGGAUGGCUGAAAACAUCCUUAGCACCAAUGUUCCAGAGAAGUUGAGUACAGUGUGACUGCUGCAAGUAAAUGCUUGUGAAGGUGGGAGAAAG